GAACAGCCACUGCCCACUCACAAGAACCAAGAUCAAUUCUAGAGAGAGAGAGAGAGUGAUUCCGUAUUGGGAUAACCGGGCCUACAACCGGAAAUCGGGACGAUUCACUGUUUGGAUUGGAUAAUUUUCGCUGUUUGAUUUCCCAUCCGAAUUCGUCGCUCCGUCUUCGUAUCUCACAGGGGAGAAUUAUUUGAGAUUUCGCCGGAGUUUUUUUAGCGGUUAAAUAAGGUCCCGAAUGCGGAACACAUCGUCGCCGGUGCGGAUCUAAAAGGAGGAGUUGAAGAAAUAACGCAUCUGAAUCGUCAAAUUCUGUUGAAUUUCGGAGAUUUGUCGAAUACCAGACGGUCGAAGACGGCGAUGGAGUUGCCUCAGCCGCGAGCUUUCGGAACAGAUGGAAGAUCGGCUACCACGCAUGACUUCCUUUCUCUAUAUUCGCCUACGGAGCAGGAUCCUAGACCCGGACAAGGAAAUUUCCUUAGAACUCAUGACUUCUUGCAACCAUUGGAAGAGAAAGUUGUUGGGAAGGAAGAAAGAAAAGUUAAAGUUGUAGAAAAGCCUUCAAUGCUGCCUCAUCUUCCAUCCAUGCAGCAGCAUAGUAACCUUCCUGGUGGGAUUGGAACUUUUAGCAUUUCUCAUUUGCAAGGGGUUCCAAAGCCAGAAGGCAGCAUAUUCUCUAUGGCACACCCAAGUACUACUGAUGUAAACGACGAGAACUCAAACUCCAGUUCUUAUACUGGGAGUGGAUUCACCUUGUGGGAUGAAUCUGUUGUGAGCAAGGGAAAGACGGGGAAGGAGAAUACUUUGGUAGAGAGACGCGUUCUCGGAGGCGUUAACGGUGUAGAACAGCAGCGCACGGUGAUGGAAUGGCCAUCAGUAUCAUCAUCCAACCAUAGGCAUAGCACGGCAACAAUUAGUUCCUUGUCUUCCCCACCACAAUUGACUGCUCAAAACAACAGAAGUUUCUUAAAUAUGUUAGCCUCGGCUAGAAGUGCUCAAGACGAGGAUGAUGUAGAAGAAGAUGAAGGGUUUGCAAUCAAGAAAGAGCCGUCACCUCUACCACAAGGAGACCUAUCAGGUAAAACUCUUGGAAAAUUUAAUAAUCAGAAGCCCAAUACUCCGCGCUCUAAACACUCAGCAACAGAACAACGUCGAAGGAGCAAGAUAAAUGACAGAUUUCAGAUGUUGAGGGGCAUCAUCCCACACAGUGACCAAAAGAGAGACAAGGCAUCAUUCUUAUUGGAGGUCAUUGAGUACAUUCAGUUUCUACAAGAGAAGGUACAGAAGUAUGAAGGAUCAUACCAAGGCUGGGAACACGAACCCACAAAGUUUCCAUGGAACAAGAGUCAAACAGGUGCGCAAUGUUUCAUUAACCAUCCGCAUAUAACGAACAAUGGGUCUGAUCCAGCCCUAAUGUUUGCUUCAAGAUAUGCGGAGACUAAACCUGUACUACCUCUCAUCAAUGGACAGAAAGUCGAACCAGAAGCAAGGACGUGUUUGGUAAAAGAUGUAACUACUAAUCAUCACCAAUCCGUGCCUCUACCAUUCAAUCCAAACAUGUCUCAUCAUUGCGGGACCAGUAGCAUAGCGGCAUCCCAAACAUUUCCCAAACUGGCAUCGGAUAAAGAUAAACCGAUUUUCCAGCAUCAAUCUCCUUCUCUACCUAACCACGCCAUUUUGGGCGACGGACCAAAAGAUCAAAACCCAAGUAUAGAGAGCGGCACAAUCAGCAUUUCAAGCAUCUAUUCACAAGGGUAAGAAUUCUUCUCAUUUUCCAAGAGUUUCAUACACCUCUCUUCUUGCGUAACAACGCCCCCCUAUUUUGUAGUACUCUAGGACUCUGUUCUUUUGGGUAGAAUCAGCAUCUAAUAUGUAUUUGUAAGACAGUGUUGUACUAGAGUUGAAACAUGUUUGUUUAAGGAAUCUAAAUUGUACUGCCAAUUUCCAUCAGGUUGUUGAGUAGUCUCACGCAUGCCCUUCAGAGUGCUGGUGUGGACCUUUCCCAAGCCUGCAUCUCAGUGCAUGUUGAUCUUGGGAAAAGACCAAACGGUCGAUUAAACUCUCCUUCCACGAUCAAGGGAGACGAUGUUUCCACAAGCAAUGAACCGAUACUACGCUCCACAGUUACAAAUGCGGGGGAGGAAACCGGGCAAGCCAGGAAAAGGAUAAAACCCAGCAGAAACUAAUAAUAAACCCACAACAAAUCUAUAAGCUAAGCAUUCAUUCAUUCUGUAAUUGGUUUAUUCAUAAUUUUUUUUAGUUUCACGAUUUUUUUUUUGGGGGGGGGGGUUCUCCUUAGCUAUUUAUUUCCCCUUCAUUUCAUUGGGAUUUACUCUAGAAAUGCUGGCAUUCCGUACAUAGCAAAUCAAGAAUAUGCUCAAACAAUGUCAGGAUUCACGAACCCACUGUACAUGUAAUGAGUAUAUAUGUAAUGUGCUAUCCAUUGAUACCUUUUAAGUCUAUAU